GCGCUCCCCCCAGUUAUCCCCCAGUUUACCUUCGGACGAGCCUGUAAUGGACUACUCCAGUUCUCCCAGCAACCUGGACAGAUUUUGAGAAACACUUUUAGCUCCUGGUUUUUCAACAUUCAAGUCAGCAGGAUGGCUGAAAAGGAGCUCGACUCGCCUGGAAAACUAAAGACAUUAUUAUAGCCAGAAUUGGCUUUUUCGGAAUAGGGGGCCUAUCCGAGCGGACUAUUUCUUUUCACAACUUUCCCCACUGUGGAUAAUGGAUGGCAGAGAUUUUGGACCUCCCCGAUCCGUCCACGUACCACCUCCGUUGUUGGCGGGGCUCGCAAUGGAGUCUCACCGACUCGGAGCAGCAGCAGCAGCCGGGAGGAUCCCUCCCUCGCCCGGUCACUUGGGCGCGAGUCAUCCGCCGCCUCUCCAUUCCGGAAAAUUCCUGCCAUCGGCCAUUAACCUACAUCCACACCACAGCGAUGCCUUCCCAGCAGGCUCCAGUCCUUUCCUGUCAGGUUAUCCCGGCCCCUCCCCGUUGACCUCUGACCCCACGUACAGAUCGGCCAACCCCAGCAGUCUGCAGAUGGCUCAGCUCUGGGCAUCACACGCUCAUGAAGGCUACCCUCCUCUGCCGAGCAGCCUGUACUCCAGCCCGUAUCUGUCCCUGGGGCACUUGGAUCCUCCCUCGCUCUCCCAGCACCCUCUGUACGACUCGCACAAAGAGGGCUUUUUCCUGCCAGCGUCCUUGAGCCAGUUACCUCUCCACCCUCCAUCUGCCCCUCCGAGCGCCCCGUCCAGCUCCACACCCCCUCAGAGGACGUCCCGAGAUGGGGGUAGAGACCGGCCUUACCGAGGGGAGAGGGAGAGAGAGAGGGACAGAGAGCGGCCGAGAGAGGAGCAGAGGCCGCACAGCGUGGUGGAUCUGACGCAGGAUGGGAGGAACGAGGAGGACCGCAGGACGAGGAGCGGCGAGCGGGAACGUGAGAAGGAAAGGGAGCGAGACGCAGAGAGAGACAGAGAUAGUUGGGCGUUCCAUCCUCACUCCCACCAGCAGAAGUUACACUCCCAGCCCAACACAGUGGAGCCCAGAUCCAGGCCGUCACCCCCGCAGCACUCCCUCCCAUCAGGCGGGGGUGGGAGGUUUCACGGACCAGACACAGACAGAGACAGAGGGGGUCGGGAGGAGGAGGGCGGCUCUCGACCCCAACACAACCAUAACUCUAAUAGCUCAGACAGACAAAGGAGGAAUGACUCUGUGGCCACGUCAGGCGGGACCCUCCACAUCUCCUACGCCCUUCCUCCUGCGCUUCAGCCCUCCGCCGCCGGCCCGCCUCACCCCUCCACACACAGAGAGUCUAUCAGAGAGCAGCGAGUCAGCGCACCGACGUAUGUGCCUUCUGUGGAGGUUUACGACGAGCGGGUCGGACCCAUUCAGAUCGCCUCGCAGGCCCGCGACAACAAACACGGUGACAAACACAGAGACAGAGAGCGCGACAGAGACAGAGAGCGCGACAGAGACAGAGAGCGCGACAGAGAACGUGAACGGGAGAGACACAGGGAGAGGGAGAGCUACAGGUUUCCUGAGAGGAGCCUGAUGGAGCAUCCGCGUCUCUGCCAGUCCGGCGAUUCAGGCAAUCAAAGAGAGGAAGGUUCUGUCAUUUGUUCCAAUGGAUCCAUUGGUAAACGAGGCCAGGACGCGUCUUACUCCUCCAGUCAAUCAAGGUUCAGCCCGGAAACCAGAGACACCUCUAAACACUCAAUCCGAUUGGGUAUAGAGCGGGCGGGUGCGGAGCCUAAGUGGAAUACCAUCAGCCCGUUAGCCAACUACGCCACGAGUCACAUGGCCGCUCUGGCAGCUCAACACGGACACACGCUCUCCUCCCCCCACAGCCAGCCGACACACUCACAGAUGUCCCAUUCCCCUCACUCCGCCCAUCGGCCUGGCAGCAACUCACACUCCGCCCAUAGCCAUUCCCCCCAAACACACCCCUCCCAACACGCUCAUGGGCGUGCAGGUGAGGAGGGGAGUCAGAGACGCUACCUGGACCCGUCGGCGCUCUACCGACCUGCAGGGUCAUUGGCAGGAGAGCGAGGUGGCGGGUCAGAUCCAACAGAGGUUUCAGCCAUGCAGAGUCUGAUUAAAUACAGUGGGAACUUCGCUGCGGAGGGUCCUGGAUCCUCCAGGCACGCCGCGGAUGGCCGAGGGCCCUUUGGGGGUCUGGCUAAUGUCGGUAUGGAAGCAGAAAGAGAGAGGGAGAGGGAGAAAGAAAGAGAGCGAGAAAGAGAGAGGGAGAGGGAGAAGGAUAGAGAGCGUGAACGGGAGAGAGAGAGGGAGAGAGACAGGGAAAGGGUGUCAGGUAAUUCAGGGGCGCUGAGGGUCCCUCCCCAGCUGAAGAGAGAGCAGGAGCGGCCAGACAGCGCCCGCUCGUUUGGCCGGGAGGGGGAGGGGGAGGUGCGCCACCCUCCGGUUGGCAUUGCUGUAGCUGUGGCUCGGCAAAGAGACAGUGGGAGCACCAGUAAACAGACCAGUGGACCCUCAGACACUCAGAGGACUCUGCUGCAAACAGCCAUCAAAGAUGAGGAGCGAGGGGAGGAUCGAGGUCGUCACCAUGACGACAGACUGUUGGCAGGUCGGCUUGAGCGUGAGCAGGAGAAAGUGCUCAGAGAGUCCAAGGAGCUGGCCGAGUUCACUCAGAUGCACCCUACUCCGCUCUCUAGCGGCCUGACACCCAGUAUGAUGACCCCCAGCCUCAUGACCCCCAACCUUAUGGUGACAGGAGGAGCUACUCUGGCAGGGGCAGGACGAUGGCCUCCAGACCCCUCAACUCUGACCUCUCACCCCUGGAUGCCUCGGCCGGGAGCCCCCCCAGUCUGGCUCUCCAGCUCCCCGUACAGCCUGGGUCCUUCCUCACUCCAUCAGACUCUCCCUCCAGGAUACCCACCCUCUCUGCCAGGCUCCAUACCCCCUCCCUACCAGUUUGCCAGGGACCCACAGUCUGGACAGCUAAUAGUCAUCCCCACUGAACACCUGCCUCACUAUGGAGGUGAUGUACUGGAGCGUGGAGCCCCGGUGUGGUCGGGGGUUUACGGUACAGGCAGCUCGCUGCAGCAUGCGGCCCAGCUCCAGCUCCUCUCCCAGCAACAGAUGCUCCGACAACAGGAGCUGCUCAUGAUCCAGCAGCACACAGCGCAGGUCCUGGAGCUGCAGAGGAACGCACAGCUAGUCGAGCGUUUAAAGGCCAGCGAGCACCGGCCAGAGAUGGAAGACAAAGCAGACAAGCGGAACGCCGACCCCAAACCUCGCCCCUCCUCAAUAUCGUCCCCAUCUCCCUCACCCAUCCUUCACCCUCGCAAACCUCCCCCACCUUCUCGCUCGCCAACCCCAUCUACCUCCUCCCUCACCCCGCUGCCUCCGCUCCCCUCACCAGUGACCACCCUCAAGUCAGAGGAAGGCGGACAGAGAGUGUUGUCUCACCCGCCGACGCCCCUGCCUCACCCGCCGUCACCACGCUCAGCUUCUCCGCCGCCAUCCUCGCCACGGAGGCCUAAACUGGAGGCGGCAGAGGACGGGGAGGUGGGACGGAGGGAGCAGAGAGAGGGACAGAAGCCGACUUCUGCUCCAUUUCAAGGCAUCUACUCUGAUCUCCCUCCAGGUUACCCUUACCAGUCCAUCACUGCCCCAUUUGGCUCCUCUUUCCCUCCUUAUCACAUCCCAGCACCCACAGGGGCAAACACAGAAGUUGUCCCACCCCACCGCACUUGCUCUCCUGCCUCUGCUGCCCCUCUGCCCUCAGCCCACCUCCAUUCAAGGCUGCUGGAUGCAGACGUCAAGCCACAGAAACUAGAGCCGUCCAAGACGGGAUCUUUUCUGAAGCAGGAGCCGGGUGUGGAGCAGCCUCCGCUCGACAUGACGCCAGAACCUCUGGGUCCUCUUCGCCGCAGCUGCAGCCCUGUGCUGGCCAGCCAGGACAGAGAGGAAGAUGGGAAAACCCUGAAGCCCCAGCCUCAACCGCUACCUCUGCUGGUCCCCAGCCCUCCUCCGCUACAAGGCGAAAGACUGGGAGACAUCAGGGAGGAGGAGAAGGAAGGAGGCCAAAUCAAAAUGGAGGUGUUAUCUUACUCCUGUCAGGCAGCUUACCCCCUGCCUCCUCCACUCACAGAGGCCGAGCCUAAACCAGAGGUCAUCAAGGAUGCAGAGCGAUAUCCACCGUGCGUCGCUGCAGAAUCAGACAGCCAGAAAUCUGCUCAGAUGUGUGCGUCACUAGAACAAAUCACCAGCGCGGCGUGUGUGCAAGAACAGCCAGACACUCCAAUCAGCUCACACACUCCCAGUCAGAAAGAAACUGUCACUGAAACUCCAGUUAAUCCUCCUCCCACCUCAAACUCGCCGCUCCCGCUGGUCAUCGCGCCUGAGGAUCCCAUGGCGGGGAUGUUCGCUCUACUGGCAGCCAGUGAGAUGGCUCAGGCCCGUCCCAGCACUCCACCGGCCCCGACACUCGUCCCGCAGAUAGAAAACCCUCCCAUAAGCGCUGGUCCUCUGGAGAUGGUGGCGCUGGAGGGGAUGGCCCUGCUCAGCCAAAUGGCACAAAGAGAGAUGGAGCACAUCAGCCUGGAGCAAGAUCUGACAUUAGAGGGUCUGGACUGCCUCCUGGAAGCGAGCAGACAGAUUUUGUUGGAGGCCAUCGAGAAACAGUCCCACAUUGACCUGCCAAGAACGCUGGACCCCAACAAGAAGUACAGCUGGAGGCAGAGGAAGGAGGAGCCGCUGUACAGUAAAAUGUCCAUGGACGUGUUGGACGCAGUGGAAGUGGAGUACCGUGUCCGCCUGGCCGAGCUGCAGAAGACGUACAAGGAGAAGCAGAGGGAUCUGAGCAAGCUGCAGAGACGCAGAGACAAACGUGAGCGGCAGCAGCAGGAGGAUGAGAGGCGGAGUCUGACCAGACGGGGCAGAGGACGACCCAGGAAGAGGAAACUCUUGGCUACACCUCCCAAACUGGACAGCAGGCCUGGAAAGGUGGGUAGGACAGUGCAAUACUCUGAGGACUCAGAAGCCGGUGAGGGACAGAGGAAGAGGUUCCGGGUGUCCAGAGAAGAAGACGAGAUGGAGGCAGGAAGUGGUGGAGUUAAAAUAAAAAAGAAGAAAAAGAAGAAGAAGAGCUGGAACGACCAGGAGCCGUCCACCAGUCACGCUCUGGAGGUGUUAAAGGCGAAGCGUGGACACAUGUGUGAGCAGGAGCAGCUGGCGUCAGACCUCGACCGAGCGCUUUCGCUCUCGCAGCUCAGCUCGCUUGGAUCACUCGGGUCGCUCGGGGCAUCUCGCAAACUCUCCUCCAGCUCCAAAUUAGACAAGUCGAAGGGCAAGUCUGCGGAAAGUCGGAUGAAGCAGCGCGGCAUCCUCCCGUCUGCCAAAGCAGGGAAACACAAGAUGACCGCCAAGGCUUCUGCUUCGGAGACCGUCCGGAAGGUGAAAGGUCAGAAGAAGGCGGCUUUGUUCUCUCCCAUGAGAUCAGAGCUCAGCAGCUGCUCCAACAACUCAGAUUCAGAGGAGCACAAUUCUGCUCGAGGGGGCUGGCCCCCUCUCUCAGGGACGCGCUCCCAUGGCAACCUGGCCAGGAAGAGGCGCUCCGCAUCGUCGCCGACGUCCCCGCUGUCCAGCCAGAAGUCCCAGAAGAAGAAACACAAGCACUUAUCCCUGCUACUGGAGGAGGCGGGCCUCAGCUCCUCCGACGACUCCUUCGACCAAGAAACCUCCGAGGAUGACGACGAGGAUGAGUCAGAUUCGGACGGCUGCGAGGAAAGUGGGCUGGGUCUGCUGGCCCGGUUUGCAGCGAGCGCCCUCCCCGUCAGCUCCACCCCGCUGAGCCUUCUCCAUGAUGGCAAACACCGCAGCCGGCAAAGCACUCUGGGGUCGUCAGAGUGCGAGUGGUCAGACUCUGGCUCAGACUUGAGGCUGAGGAAGUUCCCCUCUCUGCUGCACGGCAAACGCUCCGCCCCUGAGCUCCCCCUGUUGCCCCCUGCAACCCGCCGCAUCGACCAGACCAGCCCCACCAAGAGAGACGACGCAUUGCCAGUCAAACGCAAGCCUCUCCCCAAGCCACGCCCCUCGCCACGGUCACCACGUCGAUUCAGCUUCGACCUCCCCUCCAGCUCCGGGUUUGGAGGCUUCAGUGAGGAUGAGGGCUGGACGCGGCGACGCAGCGAGAGGAUUUUCCUCCACGAUGCCACCACCUCGGCCAAUCAGAUGCCUGUGUCAGCCUCUGCCUCCACCAGUCAGAGCUCCUCCUCUUCCUCCUCCUCCUCCUCCAGCUCGGCCCCACCUCUCACCCCGAAGCCAGCCCCCAGGCCCAAACCCUCUCCGCCCAGCAGAGAGGGGAAAGAUGUGGUGAAAAAAAAGAAGCCGAAGGACUCUCCUCUGCCCGUGAGCCCGUCCACUCUGUGCAGUCCAAUCGCAGACGUCCCUGCGCCUCUGAGCCUCAGCCCGGCGCGCAAGAGCCAACCGAAAGCCAAGACCAAGGCCAGAGAGCCCUCCAGAGGAGCGGUGAGCCGGCUGAUGGAGAGCAUGGCGGCAGAUGAAGACUUUGAGCCCAACCAGGACAGCAGCUUCAGCGAGGACGAACUCGUCCCACCGCGCAGCAACGGCGUAUCAGAGAGAUCCUCCACACCCGCUCCGGUGCAGUGUGUGCUGGAUAAAGAUUCCCUGGUGGACGGACUCAGAGUUUUGAUCCCGAUGGACGACCAGCUUCUGUACGCAGGACACGUGAACACUGUACACUCCCCCGACAUAUACAGCGUGGUGGUGGAGGGCGAGAGAGGGAACAGACCGCACAUCUACUGCCUGGAACAACUGCUGCAGGAGGCUAUCAUCGAUGUGAAGCCUCCGUCUGUGCGCUACCUCCCAGAGGGCACCCGCAUCGCCGCCUACUGGAGCCAGCAGUACCGCUGCCUCUACCCUGGCACUGUUGUCAACGGAAGUUCAGAUAUCGACGAGAAUGAUGACCUCAUCACGGUGGAGUUUGACGAUGGCGACACAGGCCGCAUCCCGCUCUCUCACAUCAGACUGCUGCCGCCAGACUACAAGAUCCACUGCGCUGAGCCGUCCCCUGCCCUGCUCGUGGCGAGCUGCUCCAGGAGGCGAGUCCGCAAAUGCAGCAAAGAGGGCAAAGAAACGGGAACAAAGCCGGAGGAGAGCGCUCCGAAGAUCAAAGGAAAACCUGGUCGCAAACCCAAACCCAAACCAGAGACCUCCAUCAACCCAGAAGGCCGGGAGAAAGCUGAUCCUCCUUCUUGCUCCUCCCAGCCUGCAGAGAGACCCCCGGCUCCAGCCAAGCCUCCCCAGGACAGAAACUCUUCAAUCCAGAAGGCAGCUCAGGAGAAGCCCCGUCCUGCAUCCCGACCAACGAUGGGAACCCAGGCAAAACCAUCCCGCAAGAGCUCCACCACGUCGCCCGCCAGCAGCCCCACCCUUCCCAGUCCGGUGCCCAGGAAGGCCGGCUCAGCCCAGCCUUCUGCUCCCAAACCAGCCCGCACUCUGCCUCCCUCCCUCUACCCCUCCACCUACGGAAAAGUCCUGACAGUGGAUCUGUACAGCGAGCCCAACCUCAGCUCGUACAACAACCAGCGCCGAGAGAGCAGCAGCAGCAUCAGUCCCACCGCCAACAGACCAAUGUCCAGACCCAAUAUGGCGACGUCGUCUUCCGCACCCAAAACAAGUGCCACAUCAACGCCCAGACCUAAUUCUGCGUCCUCACCCAAAACUAAACCCUCCUCGGACCACCACGGUGGCUCCAGAUCCAGCCACAGCUCUGGACUAAUACCCGGCGCCAUCUCCAGGCUGUCAACAGGAAAACCCGGAUCCUCACUGACUCCAAGAACGUCGUCGUUGUCGUCGUCAUCGUCAUCAUCCGCCCCGAGACCCAAACUGAAGAUGCCGUCCGACCAGCUGUCCUCCAGACCGAGCUCCGUCUCCAGGCCCAAGCCCGGCCCGGGGCAGAGCGACGUGGGCUCGCUGGUGAGACGCAAGCCCCCGUCUGCAGAGCCCCUCGUGAAGCUCGACCAUGAAGGUGUCACCUCCCCAAAGACCAAGAAGACAAAAGCGCUGAUGCUGCUGGAGGGUCGGGGCGUCAGAGGAGAUCACACGCCCAUCACCGCAGCGACAGCCAAUCAGAAGCUGCUAAAGGCUAAACCGAGAGCUCCGGAUCGAGAGCCGAACCUGCCGGAGAAAGACUCCACCUACAAAUCACCGCUGCUGGCGAAGGAGAAGGCAGAAAGCCGUGGAGGUGCUGCUCGAGGACAGGAGAUGGAUACAAGAGAGGAGAAAGGUAAAAAGGAGGAGAGAAAGGAGGUGGAGAAAAGAGAGGAAAGGAAGAUGAAAGAGGAGUCGCAGAGCAGCAGCAGCUCAGAGUCGGAGGAGGAGACGGAAAAAGGGAAGAUAAAGAAGAAGAAGAAAUGCACCUCAAGUUGCUCCUCCUCCUCUUCAUCCUGCUCCGGUUCCUCCUCGUCUUCUUCAUCGUCGUCCUCUUCGUCGUCAUCGUCGUCCACUGAUGACUCCUCCUGCAGCUCGGAUGAGGAGAGGACUCCUACUCCUCCGCCAGCCCCCAUCACUCCACCUCCAGUGCAGGAGAAACCAAAAGAAGAACCGAAAGAGGAGGAAGAAGUGGAGGUGAAGAAGGAGGUGGAGGUGAAAGUGGAGGAAGAGGAGCUGUCUCCUCCUUCACGGUCUCCUUCCCCGUCAACCUCUCCGACUCCUGCUCCCGCUCCUGUUAAACCUGCUAAACCAGCCACGGGGAAAGGCUCCGGGCAAAGGGGUCGUCCUCCGAAACCAAAGCCCAGCGGAGGAGAGGGGAAGGUGGGGAGACCAAAGCGGAGAGAGGGGGUCCACCUCCCAACCACCAAGGAGCUGGCGAAACGUCAGAGGCUCCCCAGUGUGGAGAACAGGCCCAAAAUUUCUGCUUUCCUCCCAGCGAGACAGCUCUGGAAGUGGUUUGGAAAACCCACUCAGAGACGCGGUAUGAAAGGCAAGGCGAAGAAGCUCUUCUAUAAGGCUAUUGUUCGAGGCCGAGAGAUGAUCCGCAUCGGUGACUGUGCCGUGUUCCUGUCCGCCGGCCGGCCCAACCUGCCCUUCAUCGGCCGAAUCCAGAGCAUGUGGGAGUCGUGGGGCAGCAACAUGGUGGUCAGGGUCAACUGGUUCUAUCAUCCGGAGGAGACGAACCCCGGCAAGAAACUCACCGACAAGAAGAACUGGGAUCAGAUGUGUGGUCAGUCUUUACCGGCGGCUCUGCACUCUUCUAUCCAACGGAAAGACUUCAUGGAGCGCGCCCUCUACCAGUCGUCUCACAGCGACGAGAACGACGUGCAGACGGUCAGCCACAAGUGCCUGGUGGUGAGCGUGGAGGAGUACGAGCAGAUGACCCACACGCGCCGCUACGCCGACAGCGAGGACCUCUACUACCUGGCGGGCACCUACGAACCCACCACGGGCAUGAUCUUCAACACGGACGGAGUCCCAGUCAUCUGCUAAACCACCACAGAGAGAAACCAAAAUCCUGACGCUCACUGGGAGUCAAACCCGCCCGAGUCUAAUCACUGAUCUUCACUCACGAUGGAUCUGUCAAUGAACCGCUCCGACACCAUCAUACACUUCAGAUAGUCGAGAUCAGUUUCUACUGCGGAGACGGGAGACGCUACAGACGCUACAGACAGUAUUACGAGAAAACGAGUCUCCUGAAACGUUUGCACACACAGACUCCAUCAACACACUGAUCUGCUCGCUGUGUUCACGGGAGAAACUUCAGAGCACACGCGAGCACUUCAGUCUCCUUUCACAUGUAAAUAAUCUGCAUAAACAAACAUCCACACACGCACAGACACGUGUAAAUACUCACCUCCAUGUUAGAAACACACACACACACACACACACACACACACACACACACACACACACACACACACACACAC